UCCCUGGGGGACGUGGUGUACCGGCAGCUGAACGGUCUGUCCAAAUCUUUGGGCUUGAUUGAGGGCUACGGUGGCCGGGGAAAAGGCGGCGUCCCUGCCACGCUGUCUCCGGCUGAGGAAAACGAAGCCAAAAACCUUAGAGAGAAGUACGGCUACAACGCCUACCUCAGCGACAGGAUCUCUCUGGACCGGACCAUACCAGACCACCGGCCCAGCAAAUGUCGAAAGGUCAGCUACCCCAGAGACCUCCCACAGAUUUCCCUGAUUUUCAUCUUCGUCAACGAGGCCCUGUCUGUGAUCCUGCGCUCGGUCCACUCGGCCGUCAAUCACACGCCGGCUCACCUGCUGAAGGAAAUCAUCCUGGUGGACGACAACAGCGAUGACGAGCAGCUGAAAGCCCCCCUGGAGGAGUACGUGAACAAGCGCUACCCUGGCUUAGUGAAAAUUGUCAGGAACCAGAGGAGAGAGGGACUGAUCCGAGCCAGAAUCGAAGGUUGGAAAGUCGCCACGGCCGAGGUCACGGGUUUUUUCGACGCCCAUGUGGAGUUUACACCAGCGUGGGCUGAGCCGGUACUGGCCAGAAUAAAAGAAGACCAUAAGAGGAUCAUCUUGCCGUCCAUCGACAACAUCAAACACGACACCUUUGAGGUGGAGCGCUACGAGAACUCGGGCCACGGCUACAACUGGGAGCUGUGGUGCAUGUACAUCAACCCGCCCAAACAGUGGUGGGACGACGGCGACAUGACGGCUCCCAUCAGAACCCCCGCCAUGAUCGGCUGCUCCUUCGUGGUCAACCGCGGCUACUUUGGCGAGCUUGGCCUGCUGGACUCCGGCAUGGACGUCUACGGCGGGGAGAACAUCGAACUGGGCAUCAGGGUGUGGCUGUGCGGCGGCAGCAUGGAGGUGCUGCCUUGUUCCAGAGUGGCUCACAUAGCCAGGGUGAAAAAACCCUACCACAGUAACAUCGCCUUCCACACGAGGCGCAACGCUCUACGGGUGGCUGAGGUUUGGAUGGACGACUACAAAUCUAACGUCUACCUGGCCUGGAACAUACCGAUGGAGAACCACGGUAUUGACUACGGAGACAUCUCUCAGCGGGUCACUCUGAGGAACAGUCUGCAGUGCAAGAGCUUCGAGUGGUACCUGGACAAUGUUUACCCGGAGAUGAGGAGGUACAACAACACGCUCUUCUACGGAGAGAUUCGAAAUUCAGCGGCCAGCCAUCUGUGUAUGGACCAGGGUGUGAGGGAAAACCACACGGCCACCCUGCACCCCUGUCAUGGCUGGGGUCCACAGCUAGGACGUUACACCAAAGAAGGACAGCUGUUCCUGGGUCCUCUCGGCAGCACGGGCGAAGACACCCGCUGUGUGGUGGACGACCAGGUCAACAGCUUUCCUCAGCUCCUCAACUGUGAGAAGAUUACCAACAUGAGGCAAAAGUCCUGGCAUUUCUCCCAGAACGAGUCCUUCAUCAACCGAGCCACCGGACGCUGCCUGGAAGUGGUGCCGGCCAACGUUUACUUCGGCCACCUGCUGGUCCUGCAGCCCUGCUCGGGGCAGAAGUGGACCAUUAAGAACACCAUGAUGCAGUAGUCGUCUGAGCGGCUCGACAUGGACCAGUGAGGCCGGAGCUGCCACCGCGCCGGACUUCAGCCACACGGCGCCGGAGCGGCUGAAGCAGUUGCUGCACAUCUUCUCAAAGAAGACCAACGAUUUGUAAGAAGUUCGAGUUGUGAACAUCUCAGCACUGAAACUUUUUUCUACAAAUUGAUAUUCAAAAAAAAAAUGCAAGUUUUGCAUGAGAUAUUUUUUAUUUUAUCCAUCUGAUAUUGACACUUUAUUGUGACGUUGCCAUAACUGCUGUGUGUUCUACAAUGUUGUCAAGGUACACUGUGUGCUGUAAGGCAACAUGUGUAAUAUCCCCGACGUCGUCGUAUUCUCUGAAUCAUAGAGGAGAAAAAACAAAAUUAUUCAGUUAUUAAAACUUAAAAGGCAUUUGAAUUAUUUCCCUUUUGUUAAUUAAAAUUAAAUGCCUUUUUUUUUUAAAUCUUACGGUGUACCUUAAAGGAUUGAGGUUUAUGAGCCAAAACUCAACUCUUCUACAAUUUAUUUCAUCAACAUAUAUUUUUAUUUGUAUUAUCUUGUAAAAAAAAUGGAGAAAUUUAACUUAAACUCUCAGUAAUUUUGCUUUAAACUUAAAUGUAGAAGAGAGAAACAUUUAAAACUGCCAGUUCAUGCAAGGCAUAGAGUCAUUGUGAGUGCCCGGAAAAUAAAUAUAUUUUUUCUUACAAAAGCUGAGAUCCUGUAGAUAUUUAUAACUAGAAAAAUACUGGAUUUUUUUUUUUUUUUAGAAAAUUAAUUGAAACUGCAGCAAUGCCUCCUGAGAGCAAGUUAUUAUUUCUUUCUUUUUUUUAACAUUCAUCAUGUUGUCUUCAAAAGGCAAAACAUCCUGUAGCAUGACGCAAGUUUUGUACACACAUGGGUAAAAGGUUAAAGGUGAGGGUGUGGGUGCCAUAACUUUGGCUGAUAACCUUACAUAAUAAAACGGUUUGUCUGUGAGCAGACGGUAAGAAAACCAGCGAAGAAAUUUAUUGUGGGACUGUUUGGCCUUUGAGACCAGAAUGGAAAUAUCUGAUGUCAUCAACUUCAAUCUGAGCCAAUGGAACUUUAUGGUUGAAACAUUGUCUUCCAAUAAACAAACUGAGUUCCUGC